AUGAAAUCCGUGGUUUUCGCGCUGGUGCUCUUUCACGCCUUGGCCGCAAUGGCAACUCAGCCCAGCCUUCAACGUCCUUUCCGCAAGGCCGAGACCAAGGAGUUCCGACAGAAGCUCAAGGAUGUCGUUCCGGCGAUAGAGAAUCUCAUGGGAAUCGGGGGAACAGCGGGCAUGUCCAUCGGAGUGAUGAGCCAUGGAGAGGUGGUUCUGGACCAGAGCCUUGGCUUUGCCGAUGUGGAGCGACAACUGAGAGCCGACGCCAGCACGCGUUAUCCUCUUGCGUCGCUUACCAAGGCCUUCUUCGCAGCCACCGUCUCCCAGCUGGUCGAUGACGGUCUCCUUCAAUGGGAUCAGCCUCUCAACACGUACAUCCCUGAGCUGGCCUUUGACUCUGAUCCGACCCUCGCAUCUCGCCUCACCCUCAUCGACCUCCUUUCACAUCAGACCGGCCUGCUCCGACUAGAUGCACUAUGGCUCGGCGCAAACGGGCAGGUGUUCAUCCCGAAGAACUACACCGUCACCCUGUGUAAUCAUUUGACGUCUAUUUACCCACUACGAUCUAAGUGGUCGUACAACAAUUGGAUGUAUGCACUGGCGGGUGAGGUUGUGGAGCGGGUAACGCGUCUUUCCUGGGGCCACGUCCUGCAACUCAAGGUCCUUGGGAAGCUCGGUUUAUCACAGACCACUGCGAUCAAGUCUGAGAUCCCCGUCAAUUCGACGGCGCUGCCGUAUAUGAUAAUGGACGAUAAAACACCCGUAGGGGUUCCAGACAUGGCACUCCUGGACGGAGACCUCAUGUCUUCGGCCGGCGGUGUCCGGAGCAGCGUCAAUGAUAUGCUAGCAUGGGGCAACGCUCUUCUUUCUACCUAUCGAACAAACGACCGUCAACUCAGGGGCAUCGAGCCCAUCUUGUCGGGCCACGCUUUUAUCAACAAAUCCAUUGGUUCAGACGAACUUUACGCCAUGGGCUUCGCAAAGGUCACCACGCCCACCCAGUUUGGCAAGAUUGGAUUCAACCCAAGUCUCGUCGAAGAAAUGCCCGUCCUUGGUGACAACUUCAAGCCCACGCAGGCUUUUUAUCACAGCGGGGGUGGACCAGGCUACAACCACUGCUUCGUGCUGGUCCCAGAACAUCAGACUGUGAUCAUCGUUCUGACCAACUCAAUAUCGCACGGUGACAUCGCGGACUGGGCCGCACAAACUCUUUCCAAGCUGCGGUGGAUAUCGAAGUACCUGUGGAUCUGA